GUUUUUAUAAAUUUUUAACUAUUUCUGACCAUUUUUAAACUGUUUCGUGCGUGAUAAGAGCAAUUCCUGCCGUCGUCCGGAAGACCCAGACAUCUACGGCCCAGACAUCUACAGCAGAAAUCGCUACCGCCAAGGAAUCGGUGAGAAAGCGAUAAUCGAAGAAAAUGCAGGAUUUUUCACUGGAGAUCGAUCCGACCUCCGUUUGUCGGUUUUGUCUGGACCACGAGCGGCCAAUGGAGCUUCUGUUUGAUCUGCAGUUCCUACCGGAGCUGGUGGCCAGUCUAACACAGCUGGAGAUUUCUUUCGACGAUCCUUUUUCGAAGCUGAUCUGUGAGCAGUGCGGAACGUUGGCACGGAGUAUAUUUGAGUUUCGCGAAAAAUGCAUCGACUCACAGCGCGUGCAGAAGGAAUGGAUGGAAUCGAGGAUCCUGGAGGAAGAUGAACAAACGAGCAGCACCCUCAAAGUAGGCGUCGAGUAUAUUGUAUGCGACGAAGACGAUAACCGGGAAAAUGAAAACCAGGAAUCGCUUUCUGUUGAUGAGAUCGAGGAGCAAACGAUCAACACCCUCAAAGUAGGCGUUGAGUAUAUUGUAUGCGACGAAGACGAUAACCGGGAAAAUCAGGACAACCAGGAAUUGCUUUCCGUUGAUGCGGUCGAAGGACAAACGGACAGCUCGCUGAAAGUUGGCGUCGAGUAUGUUGUAUGCCAUGAAGAGGAUGAGCAGGGAAAUGAAAACAAGGAUUCACUUUCCGACGAUGAAGCACGAUUAGCUGAGCUUACGAUACAGAUGAUCAACGAUGGUGAAGACGAGCGAAGGCUGCGCGAGGAACACGGUUACGACGAGGAGCAAAUAAUCAACAUGAAGACUGAUCCGGUAGAUGAAGUUGCUGAUGAUGACGAGCUACCAAAGAUUUCCAAAUGUCCCUACUGCGUCAACGCCUAUUCCUCUUACGAGUUGCUUGGAUUGCAUUUGAACUCUCACCAACGUGAUCAAUGGCAUUGUCCAGAGUGCGAUGAGGUGCUUGAGGAUAAGGAUGAAUUUAUCGAGCACCUAAGAAUGCAUGGAGGCGAUGCAUUCAAGAUACCUUAUGAGAUAUCGAUCCAACAGUUGCAACCCGACCAAGAAAAUGACUUGCAAGUGAAGCAAGAAGAACAGAUCGAACACCGGAUAAAGGCGGAAUCCACUGGGACCACUAAAGGCCAGAAGAGAAAGAGAACAAAAAAGGUUCCAACACAGCUCGUCGAGUGCGGCAAACGCAAACAUUCCGAUCUACAACAGACCAUAAACCAAGAUCGUCAAACUCAUCUCAAUACUGAUUCCGCGCUAAACGAUGCAGAAACAACUGAUGAGCCAUUGAAAGGAAAAAGAAGGAAGGUCUUUCUCUGCAACGUCUGCGGCCAUAACUGCAAGUCAGCCAGCAACUUGGCCGUUCACUUGCGGCGCCAUAAUGCUCAGUUCGUCUGCCAUUGUUCGCACUGUGGCAAAGGGUUUCCACGGAGGGCUGAUCUGACGAGUCACAUGCGUCAACACACCGGAGAGAAGCCGUUCGUUUGUAAAACGUGUGGACGCGGAUUUACACGAAAAGAUAAGUUAACCAUUCACCUGCGCACGCACACCGGCGAGAAGCCUUACUCUUGCCCCUGUGGUCGUUCAUUCGCCCAGCGAAAUGACAUGAAAAUACACCAGAAGCGCAACACCUGUGGGCAGAACUUUGACCUCUCGAAGCUGAUCUCACCAAAGGUCUCGAUCUGUGUUGUAUCGCCACCGUCUUCACCCUAGGACGAUCAUGCAAUUGAUUGGAUAGCUACAAUAAACUGAUAAACGAAUGAAAUACAACCUCCAGU